AUUGUUUAUUUAUUUUACAAAAUCAAAAUCAACCUCUUUUCCAUCUCCUCUCCCCUCUAUUUAUAUUGCUGACAAGAAUCAAAUGCUUCAUCAACAAAUUUCAACACUUUAACAUUCUGAAACUUCUACCUUCCCCUUACUAGCAACUACAAUUUAUUUCUUCUUUUCAUAUCUAAAUCAAGAAACAUGGGUGUGCAAUCUCCAAACCUCGCGCGCAACAAAAAGACCUGCAGAGCCUUAGGAGUCCCAACCAUUGAUCUUUCAAUGGACAGAAGUGUAGUUUCCGAGCAAAUUAUCAGAGCUUGUGAAGAAUAUGGGGUUUUCAUGAUCACCAACCAUGGGGUGUCUAAUGAAAUCAUAUCAAGAAUUGAGGAAGAAACUUUCGAUUUCUUCGCCAAGCCUGCAGUGGAGAAACAUUAUUCUGGACCUCCGAAUCCUUUCGGUUAUGGUUGCAAAACGAUCGGCUUUCAUGGAGAUAUGGGUGAACUUGAGUACCUCUUGCUUGAAGCGAACCCUUCAUCAGUUUCUCAAAGAUCUAUGGCUCUCUCCAAUAACCCAACAAGGUUUAGCUGUGUUGUUAAUGAUUAUGUACAAGCUGUAAGAGGGCUCACAUGUGAUAUUCUUGAUCUUGUGGCCGAAGGCUUAUGUCUUGGAGACAAAUCCGUACUAAGUAGGCUCAUAAACGAUGUAGAAAGUGAUGCUGUUUUUCGGGUCAAUCAUUAUCCUCCGUUUGAUCAGAGUCCAAAGGUUUUAAAUCCAACUGCCGACUUUCAAAUGCGUGAUGAUAAAUUUGCCAAUAAUGGUGAUUCUUCCCGGGUAGGAUUUGGAGAGCAUUCGGACCCUCAAAUCUUGACCAUUUUACGAUCCAAUGAUGUUGGGGGACUUCAAAUUUGUUCUCAUGAUGGACUUUGGGUCCCCGUUCCUCCUAACCCUACCGAGUUUUGUGUGCUUGUUGGUGACACAUUUCAGGCUUUGACAAAUGAUAGGUUCAAGAGUGUGAGACAUAGAGUCAUGGCGAACUCCAACAAUAAGCCAAGACUAUCUAUGAUGUACUUUGGCACACCAUCCCUCGACGCAAUGAUCUCUCCUUUACCACGAAUGGUAUCAUCCCACAAUGCACCUCUCUACAAGCCCUUCACUUGGUGCGAAUUUAAGAAAGCUGCAUACUCCCUGCGCCUAGCUAAUCGAAGACUUGACCUGUUUAGGCACAAUUACAAUGAGAACAGUGAAAAAAUCACGCAAUGUUAAUGUCAUCCAACCACGAAUGGAACUGGUUCACACACAAAUUAGAUGGGUAAGUUGUGUGCAUAUAGGUUGCUCAAUUAGAGGCUUCAAGGGAGCUUGAUUUGUUUUACAUUCAUGUAGCUAGAGUAAUUUUUGUAAUCUUUUGGAGGACGUAAAUAGUAGUGUGAUUGAAAGUUACUAUAUCCUCACCAGAAGGGGGGAAUAUUGACUUCAAUUCACUGGUAUGUAAAAUUUGCAUCUUUCAUCAUCUCGGGCAAAUAUUGUUGAUAAUCAAGGAUUGGACCAGAGAUAUUAAGCAUUGCGUGUUGAAGACCUAAAGUUGAUGAGUGAGCUAGCUAGCACUACACAAAAUAUAGGCUUUUCUGAAAGCCAUUUCCUGAGAGCGUAUCUGACGGGAGUUAGCAUCUGACGGGCAAGUGAGCUAACAUCAGAGAGCUGUGUUUGGUCGUCGGAAGUUGAAUGAUGUCGUCCUGUGUAGUGUUAUUGCCUGUCCGCUCCAUCUGGCAUUGCUGUUUUUUUGGUCACAGUCUGGCAUUGCUGUUGCAGUUUGCACCGGGCAACAACGGUUGUUUUGCUGAGAAAAAUUGGAAAGUUAUUUGGUAAAUUUAAAAAUAAAUUUUUAUAACAUUUUUUAAUUAAAAAUGUUUUUAGGAAAAGUAAGUCCCAAUAUUUUUGAAAAAAGUUACUCCUCCAUUUUGAAAUAUAAAUUGUUUGAUUUUUUGGUACACA